GAACAUUUUGCUAAAGAAAAAAGUUGUUCAAUAUCGUUGCAACUACCAAUUCCUGGAAAUAGAUCUACCUGCAGCUGUGCAUGCCAUAUAUGUAUGUAGUGAAUCAAAAUAUAUGAAUAGAAAAAAAGAUGUAGGAAGCGAAAGAAUAUAUUAUCUCUGCAUUAACAGAACAUUAGAAGAUAUUUGGGAAAUGUGUCCUUCUUCAACCUAUUACUCUUGUAUAUACUUAUCAUAACUCUUUUUAUGUUGUAUUGAAUUCACACGUGGGAAAAACAUAAGUUAUAAAUAUAUAAACACAACGCCAGUGGACGUCGUCAUCCAUAGCACGUGUUGUAAGACUGAGAUAAGUUCUUGAAUAUCUCUUUUUCCACUCCCGGAAUAGUUCGGAUUUAAAUGUUUACUUUAUCUUGCAAAGUAAUCAAAGUAAUGCAGACGUAUAUAUUCAGUAAUCGCUAUGUUUGCACACUAGUAGAUUAUAAGGUAACUUGUAUAACACUUAUUUUAGUUACUUAAAAUUACUAAGUUUUAUACGUACAUAUAAUUAUGGAACAAGCGUUUAGCGGUAUUCAUCGUCAUGAUAAUUCAUACGAGGCUGCUCUAAAAGCAUUGACUUCUUUACAAAGCAAUGCUCAGUAUUUAAAGAUAGCAACAAAAAAUAAUUCUAAUACCUUUUGUAAAAUAUUGGAAGCAAAAAAGUAUUUGCUGCGAGUUGGUAUUACACUUGAGAAGUUGGAUACUUUAUCUGUUAUACAUGUAGCAGGUACAAAAGGAAAGGGGUCUACAUGUGCAUAUACAGAAGCUAUUUUGCGUGAGCAUGGUUUUAACACAGGAUUUUUCAGUUCUCCACACUUGGUUACUGUAAGAGAACGUAUAAGAAUAAAUGGACAACCAAUAAAUCAAAUGUAUUUUACAGAACAAUUUUGGGCAGUUUAUAAGAAGCUGGAAGAUACAAAAGAACAUGAAUGUGAUAUGCCUAUGUACUUUAAAUUUUUAACGAUCCUAAUGUUUAAUAUAUUUUUAGAUGCUAAUGUUGAUGUUGCUAUAAUUGAAGUUGGAAUUGGGGGUGAACAGGAUUGUACAAAUAUUGUAAGAAACCCUGUUUGUGUGGGUAUAACUAGUCUAGCAUUAGAGCAUACAUCUUUAUUGGGUAAUACUAUUGAGGCCAUAGCUUAUCAAAAAUCCGGAAUUUUUAAACCAAAAACCUUUGCAUUUACUGUUCCACAGUUACCUCAAGCAAUGUCUGUACUAGAAGAAAGAGCCAUGGAAAAGGAUUGUACAUUACAUCUUGUUCCUCCUUUUCAAGAAUAUAGAUGGCAAAAUCUUUCACCUAUUCUAAACAUAACAAAUAGUAUUCAGCAACAAAAUGCGUCUCUAGCAAUACAAAUGGCUAUUACAUGGAUGGCCAAAUCCGAUAAAUACUCAGAUAGUUCAUAUAAUAUCCUAAAUAACAGUAAAUUUUAUAGGAACAGAAAUGCUCAAUUAAGUAUAGCUACGAAACAAGCACAGCUACCAAAUAUAAUAGAUGUAGAUAAAAUUGCAGUAGGAUUAGCAUCUUGUAAAUGGCCAGGUAGAAUGCAAAUUUUGGAAAGUAGUAUUGGUAACUUUUACUUAGAUGGUGCACAUACAUUUGAAAGUAUAGAACAUUGUAUUUCAUGGUUUAACGAUUUAACCGGUAAAAAUCGAGGGAAGAAAUUUCUUAUUUUUAAUACAUCUGGAACUCGAGAUCCGACAAAAUUAUUAGUACCAUUAAAAACUUUACAUUUUUACAAAGCGUAUUUUGUACCAAAUUUUGCGGGAAUCAAAAGCGUAGAUGACGAAGCAAAUUGUUUAUCUAUAGACGAACAAAGAUUUAAGUGUGAAAUAAAUUCUAAAACGUGGGGACCAGAUUCAAUAGUUGCAAACAGUGUUAAUGAGGCUUUACAGGAUAUAAAAAAGAACUCCAAACAAGAAGUUAAUUAUAAUAAUGAUGAGAAAUAUCAAAUACUUAUUACGGGUUCGUUACAUUUAAUAGGAGCAGCUCUAGCUGUUUUAGACCCAAAUUUGACUAUGAGGACGCAAUUUUAACAUAUAUUUUUAAAAAUUAUAACGGAGUGCAUAUAACACCAA